AUGUCUGUCGAAGAACCUACAGAAAUGAUGAACCUGGAGCCCUCCGCAAUCAUUGGAUUCGAUGGGCACGUUGUGUGCGGACUUCGAGUGCAUCCCGAUCAGCGUCAUCUAGUGUUUCCGCUGGGAAAUGAAAUAUCAAUCUACGAGUGCGCUACGAACAAGCAAUCGUUUUUGCGGGGCCAUACGAACACCAUCUCCACGCUGGACAUUUCCACCAGCGGACGGAUGGUUGCCUCGGGUCAAUCGAAUCACAUGGGAUUUCGGGCGUUUGUGAUCGUGUGGGAUUGGGAAACGCGGAAGGAAAUCUCCCGACACGAGCUGCAUCGCGUACGGGUGCAAUCGUUGUGCUUUUCUUCAAACGAUCAAUUUCUGGUCAGUCUCGGCGGUAAGGACUGUGGGUCCAUCAUUGUGUGGGAUAUUGAACAACGGACAGCGAUUUGCGGUACGAUAGCCACAAAGGAAACGACCGGCGAAGCGACAAAGGUGGCCAGCUUGAACAAGCGGUUUACGACGUUCGUCUCCGGUGGCGAUCAGAAUUUGCGCGUGUGGAACAUUGAUCGGGAGCGCAAGCGGCUCACGGUGCAAGACGUGGCGGUGGGAAAGCUGCGAAGAGAAUUCACCGGAAUGCGUAUCUCACCGAACGAUGACAUACUGUACGUUGGAACGAUGAGCGGUGAUAUUGUAAAGAUCAAUCUCAACUGCAAUCCAAACCCAAGCGAUCCUUCGCAGGACAAAAUGCCCGUACUGCUGGGGUGCUUUGGGAAACACAAUGCUAAAAAACCGCCUGGGAAAGAUUGUGAAAAAUAUCACUACGGAGUGCGUGAUUUGCUGCUGCUGCCGGAUGGAAAGCUUAUUAUCGGUGCCGGGGACGGAACGAUCGAUAUGGUGCAGGAGCGUAAUUGCAACUUUAAGAACUAUCGCGGUCCAACGUGGCCUGAGCUGAAAUCCCUUCAAUACACAAAAAUUGAUGGUGUGAUCACUUCGCUUCAGAUUCGCAAUGGAAAAACCCUUCUGAUUGGUACGAACGGUUGCGAGAUAUACUCACUGGAGUUGGCAAACUUUUCGUCCAGUUUGCGACUUCUUAAAACCUGUCACACGAAUGCCGUCUAUGAUAUAGCAUUUCCUUACAACUUCUCGCUAGUGUUUGCUACGGCCAGCCACGAAUCAAUUCGUAUUUGGUCUACAUCUAAAAUGCAGGAACUCUUGCGCAUUGUGGUGCCCAACUUUGCCUCCUCGUCGAUCGUGUUUAGCCGCGAUGGAAAGAGCAUUAUUUCCGCCUGGAACGAUGGUGUGAUUCGUGCCUUUACGCCACUGACCGGUAAGUUGAUCUAUGCCAUUCCGAAUGCGCACAACAAAGGAUGCUCAUCGGUGGCGGUAACUAGCAACGGUAAGAUUGUGGUCAGCGGUGGCAUUGAAGGUCAAGUACGCGUAUGGAAGAUCGAUCCGUACGUACAGAGCUUGAUCGGAGUGCUAAAGGAGCAUUACGGUCCGAUUGAAUCGGUACACAUCAACAACUACGACACGGAGGUAGUCUCAGCGUCACGGGAUGGAUCGUGCGUGAUUUGGGAUCUGAUACGACUCACCCGGAAGCACGUGAUCUUUGCGCACACCCAAUUCAUUGCUGCACAGUAUUUUCCGACCGGUGUACAGAUAUUGACGGCCGGUUCGGAUAAGCUUAUCGGUUACUGGGAAGCUUACGAUGGCAGUUUAGUGCGGGAGGUGGAAGGAUCGAAAUCGGGGCCGAUCAAUGCGAUCGACAUGAAUAUGAUGGGCGAGUACUUCGUUUCGGCCGGAACGGAUCAGAUUGUGCGUCUGUGGAACUAUCAACUCGGUGUGGAGGUUGCAGUUGGCAUUGGCCAUGCAAGUGCCAUCACGUCCGCACGCUACAGCCCGAACGGGAAGUUCCUGGUGACCGGUUCCAGCGAUGGAGGUAUCUUUGUUUGGAAAGUUCCGGAGAAGUUUCAUAUUAAAAUACCUGACGAUAUUUCGAAGCCCACUAACGACGAACAGCCUACGGCUAAAGCGCUGAAGCCACCGACACCGACUACCGCCGUAAACAAGCCAGUCAAAAGUUCGUCCUCACAACCAGCAGCUUCGCGCGAUGCGUCCCGUAAAACGACCCCACUAUCGUCCGGUGCGCGUGGUAUCAACAUACCCGGAGCGGCACGCAACAGCGAGGACAUACGUGUGCAUGCUUCUGGGAAGUCUACGCGCUCGAGCCAGAUUGCCGAAUGUCCAGCGAUCGACCCAAACGCACAGCCGACGAUCGAUCCGUGCGUUGAUACAGCUUCCCUAGCGGAUGGUGAUCCAGAACAGUGGGAAACACGAUCGCAGCAUUCCACCGGAAGUCAGAAUCGUCUUUCGGAACAAUCACCUUUUGCGAAUUUAGGAGAGAAAGGUUCCAAAUGA